CCAUUAAUAGGAAAUUUCCCUAACAAACUGGUUUCACAAAGCUAUGAUCUAGCUGCGGUAAUGAGCGGACAUAAUGCUGGAGUACAGGCAAAAAUUAAACAAAGAUAUCCAUUUACUCACUAUGUGCAUUGCUAUGAGCAUCAGUUAAACCUGAUUAUGUCCCAAGCUGCUUCCGAAAAUGCUCAAGUUCGGGUGUUCUUUGGGGAUUUGAAAAAUAUUCCGGGAUUUUUUAAUAAUUCUCCUCAACGCGUAGAGGUAUUGUACAGAAUUUUGAGGAAAAAAUUCUCCAAGGAGCAACAACUCGUUGGAAUCUUAAUAUUCGAACAACAAAUGUAGUGUUUGAGAACAGAGAAUCGCUCAUUGAAUGCAUGGAAGAAAUAGAAGAAAGUUUCACUAAUGAAACCGUUUGCAAAGCAGCUUACGGUAUUCGCCGUAUCUUAAAUGAUUCUGUUUUCGUGUUUUGGUUGACAUUUUUUCAUCAUGUCAUGCCUCACGUCGACAUCUUGUUCAACCAGUUGCAGAAGAGAAAAACCGAGCCAGCGCAAGUUAAAACGGCUAUCGAUAAUUGUGAAAAAUGUAUUGUCGAUGUGAGAAAUAAAAUUGAUGACUUAAUAAAUGAAGCCAAAGGUAUUUGCACUGGACCCCAAGGCAACAGAAGGAGACGACGUAAUAAUAGCAGUCACGAUCACCGAGUUGCCGCAUUAGAAGUAUGCGACAAUAUAGUGAAUUCUGCAAAUGACAGAUUUCAAUUCAAUCUUUUGGUAGCCGCAUCCAUUUUUUUCCCGAACACUUUGGAGAAUACUGUGGUAAGUUUCCUGAUGACAAGUUGGAAACUACCUGCUUGGCUUAUCCCGAAUUAGAAAAAAGUCUUAUAAAGACAGAGCUGUCUGUUAUUUAUGCACGGAAUGAUGCCGAGAUUUACAUGGAGGACUGUCUCUUUUGAAAUUUUUGAUACAAAACAGUUAGGAGGAAAUACUAAAAGAAACAAAAAAGCUAUUAGAAAUUAUUGUUACAACUCCUAUGUCAACAUCAGAGGCUGUGCGAAAUUU